CAAUCAGAGAGAAAGAUGAGGUUAAGCUAUGUAUUGUUUUACAGGGUUGAAGCACUUAACAAGGAGAAACUUCAGCGUGAGAGUGACACUAGUGCAGCUUCAAGCACAAUAUCAGCAAGCUUCAGAUCCUGGCAAGAAGCUCAAAGGAGGGCCAGCCUACUCACCAAGCCUAUCCUGAAUUUUCUCACCAUCUCCCUUUGCACUUAUCAGCCCAUUUUCAUGAUAGAGCUGGCUGUGGACUACCUGUAUCUUGUGAUGCCCAAGAUGCUGACAGCUGCCCUCCAUCUGCUUAACCCAGUCACAAGCGUUGAUGUGGAUGCCCUUGCUCAAGUACCUUCAGAAGUCAUGCCCUCAGCUGCCCAGGCAGCCUGGGUCCUCUGUACCAACCUCAGCCAAAUUAAUAAGAUUGGCAUUGAGAGUGGCCUUCCUCAACACCUGAUUCCCCAAGAAUACCGGGAAGCCUUCUCGACCAUCCUCCUCCACUGGCUGGUCCUCAGUAAACACUUGGCUCUGGAGGAGUGCCAGAGAGACAUUCAGCAAGAUGAAUUCGUAGCUGUUGAUGACAUGGCCGGCUACAGUCAGUCUGCUGUUGGUGUUGCUGACCUGCUGAAGGCGCUGAUGAUCCAUGUGUGUGAGGUGAAGUGGCCAGGUGAUGUGGGUCCCAGUGGCGGCACUCUCAUUAAGAUCAGUCAACACAUCAUGGAACUGGCGGCUCAGUACAUCACCAGAAUCACUCAGAGCUACACCGUCCAGGCAGGAGAUAAAGACACGAUUUUAAAAGAGGUGUGUGUGGUAGUGAGGAACGUGGAACACGUGUGUAACGAGGUAAGGAAACACCUGUUACAUCUGUCAAAACUGGCUAGUACACAAAAGGAGAUGGAGGCAGCCCAAGAGCUGGAGGAGAGAACCAAGCACCUACAACAGCACAUUGACAAUGCUGCUGAAGUACUCCUGCUGAGGGUAGGUCUAACACGCUUUACCUUCAUACAAGAAAAAAAGAUGCUAAUGGUUAUAAUCAUAAGCCUAAUUUUUAAAGAGGUGGAGAGGUAAGCCAGUGGAAGGCCU